AUGUCUCCUUCAGCUACUUUUGAUGCACCGUCCAAUGGACAACCAAAUCGUUUUAAGAUUCUCGUACCCGAGAAAGUAUCUCCAGAUGGAUUGGCUUUACUCACCCCUCACUUUGACGUCGACAACCGUAAAGGCUUAUCGCCUACCGAGCUCGUCAACUUAAUUCCCAAUUACCACGGCCUGAUUGUACGCUCCGAGACGCAAGUCACCGCCGAGGUGGUACAGGCUGGACGGAAGCUCCGAGUCGUUGCCCGAGCUGGCGUUGGAGUAGACAACAUCGAUGUCCCUGCUGCAAGUACCCAGGGUGUUAUUGUUGUUAACUCCCCUUCUGGCAAUAUCCUUGCUGCGGCAGAGCACACAAUUGCGCUCCUCCUUUCUACUGCUCGCAAUGUGGGACAGGCAGAUAGCAGUGUGAAAGAUGGCCGUUGGGAGCGCAGUAAGCUCGUAGGAGUCGAGGUUGGCCGAAAGACACUCGGCAUCAUUGGCCUGGGCAAGGUUGGCAUGAAUGUUGCCCGUAUGGCUAAAGGCCUUGGAAUGAUAGUCAAGGCAGUUGACCCCUAUGCGAGCGUGGAGAUGGCUCGCCAAGCUGGCGUAGAGCUAGUUUCUGGACUGGAGGACUUGUUACCCAUUGUCGACUUCCUAACCAUCCAUACACCUCUGCUUGCUACGACACUGGACCUUGUUGGUGAAGCAGAGUUCCAGAAGAUGAAGAAGACAGCACGCGUGCUCAAUGUAGCUCGUGGUGGUGUAUAUAACGAAGAGGCCUUGAUCAAGGCAUUGGACGAGGGGUGGAUUGCUGGAGCAGGCAUUGACGUCUGGUCUUCAGAGCCACUGGCCGCAGACUCUGCCGCAGCUAAACUCAGCAAGCACCCCAAGGUAGUGGCGACACCUCAUCUGGGUGCAUCAACGGUUGAAGCACAGGAGAAUGUUUCAAUGGACGUCUGCAAGCAGGUCCUAGAGAUUCUUCAAGGAGGUCUCCCUACCAGUGCAGUCAAUGCCCCUAUCAUUAUGCCAGAAGAGUACCGCAAGCUGCAGCCUUCAGUGCAUCUUGUUGAGAAGAUGGGCCGUCUUUACACCGAACACUUUGUGCGCAGCAGAGGCGGCAUGUUGGGAGGUCGUCGAUUUGAGCUCAUCUACCACGGCGACUUGACUAGCAUGCCCAACACUAAGCCAUUGUUUGCUGCUCUCGUCAAGGGGCUUGUGUCAACAUUCAGUGACUCGCACAUAAACAUGGUCAACGCAGCGCUUAUCGCAAAGGAGAAAGGAAUUGUCAUCAGUGAGACUCGAGCCGGCGAUUCACCAUCAACAUAUGCCAACCUGGUAACACUGCGGUCUUACAAAGCUGGCAUGAAUGGCAGCGAACAGAUCAUUGAAGGCUACGCGAGUGACGAACGAGUCUUCAUCUCCAAGCUGGACAGGUUCAACGGUGUCUUUACACCAGAAGGAACUCUCAUUAUCCUACACAACUACGAUGAGCCCGGAAAGAUCGGAGGAGUGGGGAUGGUCCUCGGCAAGCACGGUAUCAACAUCAAGUUCAUGCAGGUCGCAAGUCUGGAUCCUGAAGCAACAAAGGGGGCUGAUACACCUCCUGACCCAAAAGGAAACGAAGCACUGAUGAUUUUGGGUGUGCUUGGGCCGGUGAGUUCUCAAGUCUUGGAGGAUUUACAGAGUUCCGAAGGCGUGCUUGAUGUAAGCCUAGUUAAGUUGUGA